CUCAACAUGUGUUCCAUCUGGUUUUGUGUUCUUCUUUCUCUGCCUUGUUUUGGAGUUUUAUUGGGAUGAACAUGAACUUUCAACACGUCACAGUGGUCAGGUGACCCUUCUGAAGAAGACUGCAGAUGACAGUCGAAACAUGUCAGCAUUAAGACUGUCCUCCAUUGACGCCCUAUUGCUGGUUCCAGCCUGUGUAUGGACACAGUCUCAUAGCUUUCCCAGAUGUUGGACAAUUUUAAACACACAGGUCCUAAAUUGGCUGUCAAAGUCUGCCAACUUGUCGGAUUACCUACUCACUCCAGGCUGCCUUGGCGUGGACAGCGGGAAGAUGAGACCCCCCGGCCCUCUGCUCGUCCUGCUGUAUGUCACACUGUCGACGUGUCUCAAGGUGGUCUCGAAGAGAGGCUCAGUGGACGGCUGCACGGACUGGUCGGUGGACUACCUGAAGUACCAGGUGCUGCAGGGCGAGCCGGUGCGGCUAAAAUGCGCCCUGUUCUACGGCUACAUCCGGGCCAACUACAGCCAGGCUCAGAGCGUGGGCCUCAGCCUCAUGUGGUACCGCAGCUCGGGCCUGGGCCACAGCGACUUCGAGGAGCCCAUCUCCUUCGACGGCGUGCGCAUGAGCAAGGAGGAGGACGCCAUCUGGUUCCGACCCGCCGACCUCCAGGACGUGGGCCUCUACUCCUGCGUCCUACGGAACUCCACCUACUGCAUGAAAGUGUCCAUGUCUUUAACGGUGGCGGAAAACGACACCAGCAUGUGCUACAACUCCAACAUGCGGCGGAUGGAGAAGGCCGAGCUCAGCAAGAGCAAAGACGUUCUGUGCCCCGACAUCGACGACUACGUGGAGCCCGGCAAGGAUCCGGACAUCACCUGGUACAAGGAAUGCCAUCCAAAGCAGUGGCGAGCCAGCGUCAUCCAGAAGAGGGACAUCCUGUCUUUCCAGGAGGUGAAGGAGGACGACAUUGGAAAUUACACCUGCGAGGUUCAGUUUGGCGGCUUUGUGGUCAGGAGGACGACGGAACUCACCGUCACCGCCCCUUUGACCGACAAGCCUCCGAAGAUCCUGUUCCCUUCGGAAAACAAGAUUAACAACAUGGAGCUGCAGCUAGGAGGAGCUCUCAACCUGACGUGUCGAGCCUUUUUCGGCUACAGCGGGGACGUCAGCCCACUCAUCUACUGGAUGAAAGGAGAUAAGUUCAUCGAGGAUCUGGACGAGGAGCGAGUGCAGGAGACAGAAAUCAAGGUUGUCAAGGAGCAUCUCGGCGAGCAGGAAGUCGCCAUCUCCUUGACGAUCGACUCGCUGGAGGAGGAGGAUCUGGGAAAUUAUUCGUGUUACGUGGAAAAUGGCAACGGCCGUCGCCAAGCUACCAUCCAGCUCUUCAGGAAGGCAGAGCUCAUGUACACGGUGGAACUGGCCGGGGGUCUCGGGGCCAUCCUGCUGCUACUCAUCUUCCUCAUCUCGCUCUACAAAUGCUACAGGAUCGAGCUGAUGCUUUUCUACAGGAGGCACUUCGGCAGCGACGACCUGGAUGGAGAAAACAAAGACUAUGACGCCUACUUGUCCUACACUAAAGUGGACCCUGACCAGUGGAGUCAGGAGACCCGCGAGGAGGAGCGCUUCGCCCUGGAGAUCCUCCCUGACGUGCUGGAGAAACAUUACGGCUACAAACUCUUCAUCCCCGACCGAGACCUCAUUCCAACAGGAAGUCUCACCACUGAGCAUUACCAGGACGACACGCGGCUCUUUGGAGCCUACAUCGAGGACGUGGCGCGCUGCGUGGACCAGAGCAAGCGCCUCAUCAUUGUCAUGACGCCCAACUACGUGGUGCGGCGGGGCUGGAGCAUCUUCGAGCUGGAGACGCGGCUGCGCAACAUGCUGGCCACCGGCGAGAUCAAGGUCAUCCUCAUCGAGUGCGCCGAGCUGCGCGGCAUCAUGAAUUACCAGGAAGUGGAGGCGCUCAAGCACACCAUCAAGACGCUCACCGUCAUCAAGUGGCGCGGCCCCAAGAGCAACAAGCUCCACUCCAAGUUCUGGAAGCAGCUGCAGUACGAGAUGCCCUUCCGCCGCACCGAGCCCAUGCUGGGCCACGAGCCGGCGCUGGACGUCAGCGAGCAGGGCGCCUUCGGCGAGCUGCAGACCGUCUCGGCCAUCUCCAUGGCGGCGGCCACCUCCACCGCCAUGGCCACCGCCCACCCGGAGCUGCGCUCGUCCUUCCACAACUCGUACCACACCACGGUGAGGCAGAAACACUACUACCGCAGCUACGAGUACGACCUGCCGGCGGGGGGCACCCUGCCGCCGCUCUCCUCGCUGGGGAACCAGCACACCUACUGCAACAUCCCGCUCACGCUGCUCAACGGCCAGAGGCCUCCCGGGAAGGGCCGGGAGCACAGCCUGGAGGAGGCGCACGCCAACAACGCCAUGCUGCCGCUGCUGCCCCGGGAGACCAGCAUCUCCAGCGUCAUCUGGUAACCCCCCUGGGCGGGGACCACAUCAUCCAAAUUCGAGGGGGGACUUUUUCCACCGUCUUUUUUUUUUUUCUACGGGAUUUCUAAUCAUGACAUCCUGGACGAGACAGUCCCACACCGGAGAGCGGUGGACACGUGCACGCACACGCAUACAUCCGACAACAAGGAAAACAGGGUCUUGUACAUAUAAUCGCAAUUUCUUUGUAGCAUUUCUGUUCUCGCAUUUCAUUCGGUCUGUUGCCUUCUCUACUGUCGGAGUUUGCUUUUAACUCUGCACGUCCAGGGAGGAAAUAAGGAUUUGAUCCCCUAAAGAAUGUUCUAACGUCACCCCUUUACAUUGUUAUGAACAGUCCGGAAGCUCCGCGGCAGGUUGGUUGUGACAAAGAGAAAGCGAAAGUAAAAUUACAAGGGAAAGGAAGGGAAGCGAUCCGCAAGUCCACUCGUGGAUGAGCCUAAUAAACUUUUCCGCGACCAUGGGCAAGACCAAAGAGCUGUCCAAGGACUUCAGGGACCAACUUGUAGACCUGCGCAAGACUGGAGUGGACGACAAAAAAAAAAAGGGACCGCAAUUGAAGCAAUAAUUCGGAAAUGGAAGAAAUACAAGACGGCAGUCAACCAUCGACCUUGCUUUGGAGCGCAGUGACCUGCGGUGAGAGGAGGAAAAAUAUUAUUACUUAUUUCCUGCAUGAUUCUAAUCUUUUUUUUUUUUUUUACUUUAUGUAUUCUUUAGUAAAAAUCACAGAUUUUGCGCAUUUUUAGAUCAAAGAUUGCGUAAUCUUUCCUGCGUAACUUCUUCUAGUGCAGGGGUCGACAACCCAAAAUGUUAAAAGAGCCAUAUUUGACCUAAAAUACAAAAAAAAAAAAUCUGUCUGGAGCCGCAAAAAAUGUAAAGUCUUAAAAAGUGUUAUAAUGAAGGCAACACAUGAUGUAGGUGUCUAUAUUAAUAAUAAUAGCCUACUAUCAAAAUUACUUUAAAAGUCUUAUAUAUGUGUUUUAAUGAAGGCAACACAUGAUGUAAGUGUCUAUAUUAAUUAUAUUAGCCUACUAUCAAAAUGACUUUAAAAGCCUUAUAUAAGUGUUAUAAUGAAGGCAACACAUGAUGUGUCUAUAUUAAUUAUAUUAGCCUACUAUCAAAAUGACUUUAAAAGUCUUAUAUAUGUGUUUAAAUGAAGGCAACACAUGAUGUAAGUGUCUAUAUUAAUUAUAUUAGCCUACUAUCAAACUAACUUUAAAAGUCUUAUAUAUGUGUUUUAAUGAAGGCAACACAUGAUGUAAGUGUCUAUAUUAAUUAUAUUAGCCUACUAUCAAAAUGACUUUAAAAGCCUUAUAUAAGUGUUAUAAUGAAGGCAACACAUGAUGUAAGUGUCUAUAUUAAUUAUAUUAGCCUACUAUCAAAAUGACUUUAAAAGCCUUAUUUAAGUGUUAUAAUGAAGGCAACACAUGAUGUAAGUGUCUAUAUUAGCUAUAUUAGCCUACUAUCAAAAUGACUUUAAAAGCCUUAUGUAAGUGUUAUAAUGAAGGCAACACAUGAUGUAAGUGUCUAUAUUAAUUAUAUUAGCCUACUAUCAAAAUAACUUUAAAAGUCUUAUAUAUGUGUUUUAAUGAAGGCAACACAUGAUGUGUCUAUAUUAAUUAUAUUAGCCUACUAUCAAAAUGACUUUAAAAGUCUUAUAUAUGUGUUUAAAUGAAGGCAACACAUGAUGUAAGUGUCUAUAUUAAUUAUAUUAGCCUACUAUCAAACUAACUUUAAAAGUCUUAUAUAUGUGUUUUAAUGAAGGCAACACAUGCUGUAAGUGUCUAUAUUAAUUAUAUUAGCCUACUAUCAAAAUGACUUUAAAAGCCUUAUAUAAGUGUUAUAAUGAAGACAACACAUGAUGUAAGUGUCUAUAUUAAUUACAUUAGCCUACUAUCAAAAUGACUUUAAAAGCCUUAUAUAAGUGUUAUAAUGAAGGCAACACAUGAUGUAAGUGUCUAUAUUAAAUAUAUUAGCCUACUAUCAAAAUGACUUUAAAAGCCUUAUAUAAGUGUUAUAAGGAAGGCAACACAUGAUGUAAGUGUCUAU